CUGCCUUGCUGGCUUAGCUGAUGUUUUCUUGUUUUUGUUUCAGCAUUCAGGAUAAUUCCUUGAACACGACAGCUUUAGCAGAGUGUGACGGGGACUCGGAGUCUGUGCAUGAAGACCAAGCAGGCAGUUCCAGCCCCAGAGAUGAUGACAACAAAGAAAAUUAUCCAGAUAAUGCUACUGUCUUAGAGGAAAAGCAGCUGCCUUUGCAAGAUACUCAUCAGCACAAGCAGCAGGCCGUCAUUGACUACGCUCUAAAGCCUGAAAUGGGCAACUUAAAGCUAAGAAAACCCAAGCCCAUUGCAAAGCUAGAAAAUGGGAAAAGCCAUGAGGAAAGUCAGGAGCUGGAAAGUGCAUUGCCAAGCCUCCCAGAGUGGCAGGGGAAGGCUGGCUCCUCAGCUAAUGACUGUGCACAGAACAUGGCUUUAAGAUGCCAGGAAGCAGUCGUGAGAUUUCAACCGAGAAUAGAUCAGAACACAUGCAUUUCACCAAGAGAAGCAGCUGAGCAAUGUAGCAGCUUAAACGAGGAGGAAACUCCUCAGCUGCCGGCACCCAAGGAGCCAGCCCCUUCCUCAGCCCAAACUAGUGUGCCAGCUGAUGGGGCCAGUUGUGGAGAGCCUGUGCCAGCUCACAGAGACUGGCAGAAUGACACGGACAGCAGCCCACAAGAACAUCACUCCCUAGGGACCAGCCGACUGCUGUAUCACAUUACGGACGGAGACAAUCCUCUUUUGUCACCACGCUGCUCUAUCUUUAGCCAAAGCCAGAGAUUUAACCUAGACACAGAGUCUGCUCCUUCUCCACCAAGUGCUCAGCCUUUCAUGAUGCCAAGAAGUUCUUCUAGAUGUAACUGUGAAGAGUGCAAAGAACCACAAACAGUAGCACAACUUACCAAGCAUCUUCAGAGUCUCAAGAGAAAAAUUAGGAAGUAUGAAGAAAAGUUUGAGCAAGAAAAAAAAUACCUGCCGUCACACGGUGACAAGACUUCCAAUCCUGAAGUUCUGAAAUGGAUGAAUGAUUUGGCCAAAGGCCGUAAGCAGCUCAAAGACCUGAAACUCAAAAUAUCAGAAGAGCAAAACUGUGCCUCUAGAGCACCCCAAAGAAAUGAUGAUUCUGAAAGCACUGGGAACUCUAAAGAGGCUGGGACACAGGAGACCACGAGCAUGGAACCAGCUCCCUCAGUAGAAGACACCAUGGAUAGUGUAUUGAGGCGUUUAAAGGAGAAAAGGCACCACUUCAACCUUCCUGAGACUAUUAAGGUAACGAAGCAAGAAAAGAGUCUCAUGAAACCUCUUUAUGACAGAUACAGGAUUAUCAAAAAACUUCUAGCAACUCCAUCUUUGAUCACAACUAUUGAAGAGGAAGACUCAGAUGAGGACCGUUCUCAAAGCAGCCACGAGUUAUCAUCCGGUCCAAUGUCUUGCCUCCCUGUUGAUGAGCACCUGUGUUAUUCUCAGGAGGAGAGUGAGCCUGCACACAUUUCACCUCUGGAUGAAAAGAAAGUUUUCAGGCAAACAGCCUUGUCUAUGUCCAAUUUACAUGAAGCAACAAUGCCCGUUCUGCUUGAACAUCUCAGAGAAACAAGAGCAGAUAAGAAAAGGCUUCGCAAAGCUCUGAGAGAGUUUGAGGAACAAUUCUAUAAACAGACAGGAAGAAGCCCUCAAAAAGAAGAUCGGGUGCCAAUGGCCGAGGAGUACUCCGAAUACAAGCACACAAAAGCCAAAAUCAGGCUCCUGGAGGUUCUCAUCAGCAAGCACGACAUUUCCAAAACCAUCUGAAGUGAAGGCAAUGCUGUGAAUUGUUCUCUAGCAGAAACAGAAGCAAACAAGCAAGUAAUGAAAAGGAGGAAGUAAUUUUAGAGGUCUUGGUCUGCUGCACAACUCUUUGACACACUGAGAUUUUUGAUGCACUUUACCAGUUACACUAGCUGGGAUGAGAGAGGACAGCAAUAUGCAAGAAUAUUAAGCAUGGGUGAGUGGACUAGAGCAUAUAUUUUUUUUCCUUUUGAAAAAGCCUUGAAGUGCACUGUGAGAAUGUUAGAAAUUAUGAGGACACUGAAGUAUUGUAGAUCUGCAGUUUGACCUGCUCUUAGGUUUAAAAAGUGUGAGGAAAGGCUCUCCAGGUUUUUAGCACGUUUUAGUGAAUGGUCAUGUACCACACGUUUCUUUCCAGAAUUAACAUGUGCUAUAAUGAACUCGUAAUAUUGGUUCUCAAUGCGCCGAGUCACGGCGUUAAAAGACACAUGAGAUUGAAACAAGGAAAAACUCAUGAGCCUACUCUGUCUUUCAAGACAGAGUUGCCAUUCAAUUCUAGUAGCUUCAAAGAAAGGUGCAUACACAGAACCAGUGCCAGGAUUUGGUCUAAAAUUCUGAGAGUAGAGCAAAGUGAUACUGUCUAUGCAAAUAAAAAAAAGAAAGAAGGAUGGAACACAACUGCCAAAUGGAACUAUUAUUCUUUCAGGAAUAAGGGAAAUACAGAAUAGAUACAGUUCACUGGGAAGAGAUAACACAAUGUACUGGCUUCUGUCCUUUUCACUUUGGUUCACAAGGCUGGCUCACGGUACUUAAAAUUCAGUAAAUAGAUCAGCUACAUGCUAGUUUUUAUUUCUGUAUUAAACUCUGCACUUUAUUUUGCCUGAUGCUAUAACAUUUGCUUUUCUAACUACCAAAGCUCGUCUAGAUGCAUGCACUUUGUAAAAUGUCAGAGUAUUUCUUGUGUUAUAAAUUGCCACAUAUCUAUAUUAAAUCAAGAUUAGACUAUUGCAUUAUGCCGAGAUAUUUUGGAUAGAUAAAGUACAUGGUAUAUAACUGUCACGGUUAUCUGGUGAGGCGCACUAGACUUCUUGUUUACUAAAAAUAAGAGUAUAAAAAAGGAUAUUUUUCCAUUGGAAUUAUGCAUCUUUCUUAACUUUCCAGGCACCACACUUUGGAAUACUAAGGAGAUUUUUUUUUUUUUCCACUAUUUGUGAUAGACCAUUUGUGUGAAAAGUGGACUGUUAACAGAAGGAUUAGCUGGGGGUUUUGUACUAGAAGCGAAAAGCAGGGAUUCUGGGAAAUACCUAGUCCAGACAUGAGGGAAGAAUGGAAAAACAAAAAGGGACUUGAAGUUGAAUCGUGUGUCCUGUUUUGCUUUGACUGUCAUUUUGUAUUGACCACAUGGUAUAAGCAACCUGUUUUCUACCUUGGUAAGAAGAUUUUUGUUUUAUAAAGCCUGUUACGUACCAACCCUGUUUGUAUUUCUAUUGUAUGUACUGGCUGGGCAUGAUUUUGAAGUCGUACACGUUUUCAAGUAGUUUGGAGGAAAAAGAAUGAAUGCUCACCAUGGAAUUCUUUAUUUCUCAGAGGUUUGUUGUUCCAGUGUACUGACUUAAUAAUUUAGAACUUAACUUUUAUGAAUCAGAACUGGUCUCCUUCGUAAAUCUGUUUUAAUUAAAGUCAUCUAGAGCAACAGGAACAGAUACAGAGUAUUUGAAGUUUACAAACUACAUCUUUGAUAAGGGAAAACGAUUU